AAGGGGUCUGUAAGUAGCCUACAUGUUAUAAUGCUGAACAGAAUCCUAGAGAAGGGGUCUGUAAGUAGCCUACAUGUUAUAAUGCUGAACAGAAUCCUAGAGAAGGGGUCUGUAAGUAGCCUACAUGUUAUAAUGCUGAACAGAAUCGUAGAGAAGGGGUCUGUAAGUAGCCUACAUGUUAUAAUGCUGAACAGAAUCAUAGAGAAGGGGUCUGUAAGUAGACUACAUACAUGUUAUAAAGCGGAACAGAAUCAUAGAGAAGGGCUCUGUAAGUAGCCUACAUGUUAUAAUGCUGAACAGAAUCCCAGAGAAGGGGUCUGUAAGUAGCCUACAUGUUAUAAUGCUGAACAGAAUCCUAGAGAAGGGGUCUGUAAGUAGCCUACAUGUUAUAAUGCUGAACAGAAUCCUAGAGAAGGGGUCUGUAAGUAGCCUACAUGUUAUAAUGCUGAACAGAAUCCUAGAGAAGGGGUCUGUAAGUAGCCUACAUGUUAUAAUGCUGAACAGAAUCAUAGAGAAGGGGUCUGUAAGUAGCCUACAUACAUGUUAUAAAGCGGAACAGAAUCAUAGAGAAGGGGUCUGUAAGUAGCCUACAUAAUGUUAUAAUGCUGAACAGACUCCUAGAGAAGGGGUCUGUAAGUAGCCUACAUGUUAUAAUGCUGAACAGAAUCCUAGAGAAGGGGCCUGUAAGUAGCCUACAUGUUAUAAUGCUGAACAGAAUCAUAGAGAAGGGGUCUGUCAGUAGCCUACAUACAUGUUAUAAAGCGGAACAGAAUCAUAGAGAAGGGGUCUGUAAGUAGCCUACAUAAUGUUAUAAUGCUGAACAGACUCCUAGAGAAGGGGUCUGUAAGUAGCCUACAUGUUAUAAUGCUGAACAGAAUCCUAGAGAAGGGGCCUGUAAGUAGCCUACAUGUUAUAAUGCGGAACAGACUCCUAGAGAAGGGAUCUGUAAGUAGCCUACAUGUUAUAAUGCUGAACAGAAUCCUAGAGAAGGGGUCUGUAAGUAGCCUACAUGUUAUAAUGCUGAACCGUAUCCUAGAGAAGGGGUCUGUAAGUAGCCUACAUGUUAUAAUGCUGAACAGAAUCCUAGAGAAGGGGUCUGUAAGUAGCCUACAUGUUAUAAUGCUGAACAGAAUCCUAGAGAAGGGGUCUGUAAGUAGCCUACAUGUUAUAAUGCUGAACAGAAUCCUAGAGAAGGGGUCUGUAAGUAGCCUACAUGUUAUAAUGCUGAACAGAAUCCUAGAGAAGGGGUCUGUAAGUAGCCUACAUGUUAUAAUGCUGAACAGAAUCCUAGAGAAGGGGUCUGUAAGUAGCCUACAUGUUAUAAUGCUGAACAGAAUCCUAGAGAAGGGGUCUGUAAGUAGCCUACAUAAUGUUAUAAUGCUGAACCGUAUCCUAGAGAAGGGGUCUGUAAGUAGCCUACAUGUUAUAAUGCUGAACAGAAUCCUAGAGAAGGGGUCUGUAAGUAGCCUACAUGUUAUAAUGCUGAACAGAAUCCUAGAGAAGGGGUCUGUAAGUAGCCUACAUGUUAUAAUGCUGAACAGAAUCGUAGAGAAGGGGUCUGUAAGUAGCCUACAUGUUAUAAUGCUGAACAGAAUCCUAGAGAAGGGGUCUGUAAGUAGCCUACAUGUUAUAAUGCUGAACAGAAUCCCAGAGAAGGGGUCUGUAAGUAGCCUACAUGUUAUAAUGCUGAACAGAAUCCUAGAGAAGGGGUCUGUAAGUAGCCUACAUGUUAUAAUGCUGAACAGAAUCCUAGAGAAGGGGUCUGUAAGUAGCCUACAUAAUGUUAUAAUGCUGAACAGAAUCCUAGAGAAGGGGUCUGUAAGUAGCCUACAUAAUGUUAUAAUGCUGAACAGACUCCUAGAGAAGGGGUCAGUAAGUAGCCUACAUGUUAUAAUGCUGAACAGAGUCCCAGAGAAGGGAUCUGUAAGUAGCCUACAUGUUAUAAUGCUGAACAGAAUCCCAGAGAAGGGGUCUGUAAGUAGCCUACAUGUUAUAAUGCUGAACAGAAUCCUAGAGAAGGGGUCUGUAAGUAGCCUACAUGUUAUAAUGCUGAACAGAAUCCUAGAGAAGGGGUCUGUAAGUAGCCUACAUGUUAUAAUGCUGAACAGAAUCCCAGAGAAGGGGUCUGUAAGUAGCCUACAUGUUAUAAUGCUGAACAGAAUCCCAGAGAAGGGGUCUGUAAGUAGCCUACAUGUUAUAAUGCUGAACAGAAUCCUAGAGAAGGGGUCUGUAAGUAGCCUGCAUGUUAUAAUGCUGAACAGAAUCCUAGAGAAGGGGUCUGUAAGUAGCCUACAUGUUAUAAUGCUGAACAGAAUCCUAGAGAAGGGGUCUGUAAGUAGCCUACAUGUUAUAAUGCUGAACAGAAUCCUAGAGAAGGGGUCUGUAAGUAGCCUACAUGUUAUAAUGCUGAACAGAAUCCUAGAGAAGGGGUCUGUAAGUAGCCUACAUGUUAUAAUGCUGAACAGAAUCCUAGAGAAGGGGUCUGUAAGUAGCCUACAUGUUAUAAUGCUGAACAGAAUCCUCGAGAAGGGGUCUGUAAGUAGCCUACAUGUUAUAAUGCUGAACAGAAUCCCAGAGAAGGGGUCUGUAAGUAGCCUACAUGUUAUAAUGCUGAACAGAAUCGUAGAGAAGGGGUCUGUAAGUAGCCUACAUGUUAUAAUGCUGAACAGAAUCCUAGAGAAGGGGUCUGUAAGUAGCCUACAUAAUGUUAUAAUGCUGAACAGAAUCCUAGAGAAGGGAUCUGUAAGUAGCCUACAUGUUAUAAUGCUGAACAGAAUCGUAGAGAAGGGGUCUGAGAAGUGUGCUCAGUACUGGCCUACAGCUGAGGGACACCAGCUGUCUUACACUGACACGGGGUUCGUUGUGACGCUCGUGAAGGAAGAGGACAAGUCCUACUACAUCAUACGAGUGUUGGAGCUGAGGAACACAGAGACAGGAGGAACCAGAGAGAUAUACCAUUUUCACUACACCACCUGGCCUGACUUCGGCGUCCCAGAAUCCCCGGCCUCUUUCCUCAACUUCCUGGUCAAGGUGCGGGAGUCUGGCUCAUUGGGGACGGAGCACGGGCCCGCCGUGGUCCACUGCAGCGCUGGGAUUGGACGCUCGGGAACCUUCUCAUUGGUUGACACGUGUCUCAUCCUGAUGGACAAGAGGAAGGACCCGUCGUCAGUGGACAUUCAGAGGGUUCUGCUGGACAUGAGGGAGUACCGGAUGGGUCUGAUCCAGACUCCUGACCAGCUACGUUUCUCCUACAGGGCUGUCCUGGAGGGAGCCAAGAGCAUCAUGGGGGACUGCUCUGUACAGGUAACACCGCUAACACUAACCACACACCUAGCUAGCUAGAGGGAGCCAAGAGCAUCAUGGGGGACUGCUCUGCACAGGUAACACCGCUAACACUAACCACACACCUAGCUAGCUGGAGGGAGCCAAGAGCAUCAUGGGGGACUGCUCUGUACAGGUAACACCGCUAACACUAACCACACACCUAGCUAGCUAGAGGGAGCCAAGAGCAUCAUGGGGGACUGCUCUGUACAGGUAACACCGCUAACACUAACCACACACCUAGCUAGCUAGAGGGAGCCAAGAGCAUCAUGGGGGACUGCUCUGUACAGGUAACACCGCUAACACUAACCACACACCUAGCUAGCUGGAGGGAUCCAAGAGCAUCAU